AUGAUUUCAUAUCAAAAUAGGAUUGAACAGCUCCAGGAAACCCUGAAACAGAGAAUGCAGUCUGAUGACAGCUGGGAGACAAAGAUCCAGAAUGAACUGGAGAAUCAACGGCAGAGGUUCAUACAGAAGCUUGAGGAAACGGAGCAGAGACUUCUGGAAGAAGCCAACAUGGAAGUUGAAAUCGAGAGACAAAGACAUGGCGAAGUUAUAAAGAUGCUACAGAAUAAGAAUGAGGAACUUGAAGGAAAGAUACCAACACUAGUAUCCAGGGCAUGUGAAGAACUGCAGGCUGAAAUAAACAUUCUGGAGAAGAAGUUACAGCAAGCUCAAGCAAGACUUCUGGAGAAAAAUCAAGCAAAAGACACUGAAAUGACCAACUUAAAAAAAAUUAUUUCUGAACUGGAAAUUCGUUUGAAAAGAGACUAUGAACACAAUACCUCUUCUCUAGAAGAAAUGAGAAAAGAAAUUCACUCAAAGGCUGAGCAACUGAAUGAAAUGAACAUGAACUGUGCA